AUGAAAUCGUCGCGGGUGUUGCUCGGCUUGGUCGCGGCUUACAUACUGCUCGCGCUGCUGCCUUGCUCGGCUCAUUCUGCUUGGUUCACUCAUUCGUCGACAGCAGCGGCGGCCGCAGAGUCAGGGAGGGCGGCAGCGGAGGAGGAGGAGGUGCGGAGCCCCAUCCCGCUGGCGAGAACACUGGCGGAGGCGUUCGAUGCACCCAACGGAGCCGUCAGGCGCAUGUUAGACGGCGUUCAGCUGGCCGCGACGAGCCCCGAGGAGAGCGACCUCCUGGUCAUCGGCGGCGGACCGGGCGGGUACGCGGCGGCCAUCAGAGCAGCGCAGCUGGGCAUGAAGGUCACGUGCGUGGACAAACACGGCUCGCUGGGUGGCACGUGCGUGAACGUGGGGUGCGUUCCAUCCAAGGCACUGCUGGAGUCGACUCACAUGUACGACGAGGCGCAGCACUCCUUGGCGUCACACGGCGUGAAGGUGGCGGGCGUGGAGGUGGACCUGCCCGCCAUGAUGGCGCAGAAGAGCAGCGCCGUCGCCGCACUCUCCAAGAAAAUCGAGGGGCUGCUCAAGAAGAACAAGGUCACUUACGUCAAGGGCCAUGGCAAGAUUGUGGGACCACACCAGGUCGCCGUCUCCCUGCUGGAUUCUCCGGGGGAGACCAGGCUCAUCAACGCGAGGAACAUCAUCAUCGCCACGGGGUCGGACGUGCAGGCGCUGCCGGACGUGCAGAUCGAUGAGACGAAGAUCGUGUCGUCCACCGGCGCGCUCAGCCUGCCCUCCGUGCCCAAGAAGCUCGUGGUGCUGGGCGGCGGGGCCAUCGGGCUGGAGCUGGGGUCGGUGUGGGGGCGGCUGGGCGCGGAGGUGACGGUGGUGGAGCUCACAGACAGCAUAGGCGGCAACAUGGACCGCGAGAUCCGCCGCACCUUGCAGCGCGUGCUGGAGAAGCAGGGCUUUAAGUUCAUGCUGGCCACGAAAGUGGUGUCCGCGGAUGCGUCGGGGAGCGGCGUGGUGCUGCAGGUGGAGCCCGCCAGGGGCGGGCAGCGCAGCCAGGUAGAGGCGGACGUGGUGCUGGUGGCCACGGGGCGCGUGCCGUACACCGACGGGCUGGGGCUGGAGGCAGUGGGUGUGAGGAGGGACAAGGCGGGGCGCAUCCAGGUGGACGGCCGGUUCCAGUCGUCCGUGCCAAGCGUGUUUGCCAUCGGGGACGUCAUUCCCGGGCCCAUGCUGGCUCACAAGGCCGAGGCGGAUGGGAUCGCGUGCGUGGAGAAAUUGGCAGGGAAGAAUGGGUAUGUGAAUUAUGGCACAGUGCCCUGGAUCAUCUACACGCACCCAGAGGUGGCCAUGGUGGGCAGGACGGAGGAGGAGUUGAAGCAGUCGGGUGUAGCAUACCGCGUGGGAAAGUUCCCCUUCACGGCGAACAGUCGAGCACGCACGACUGGGGAGACGGAGGGGAUGGUGAAGAUGAUAGCAGAGAAGGCGACGGAUAGAGUGGUGGGCGUGCACAUCGUGGGGCCGAGUGCGGGCGAGCUGAUCAUGGAGUGCGUGGUGGGCAUUGAGUAUGGCGCGAGCAGUGAGGACAUUGCACGCAUGAGCCACGGCCACCCCACGCUCAGUGAGGCGGUGAAGGAGGCUGCACUUGCCGCGUACAGCAAGCCCAUCCACAUGUGA